ACCUCUCACGCUAGGAAAAUCCUAGUGCGUGUAACUGUGCUUCGAAAGACUUAAUUACGAGCUUCCUGGAUGGUUGAGAGAAAGGCACUCGGGUCAUAAGACUUACAGACAUGUCGUUCCAACAGGUCCCUAGAGUAGAGACCUUUAAGCUCCCGAAGCAGAAAGAAGUGCGAACAAAGCUUCCGGGGUACGGCCUGCCUUUGGACUAUGUACCAAAAGCGAAGAAUCUUUAUGGGGUCGAAGUCAAAUCAUUGUUUCCCACCGCCCUUGACGAUAGAGACAUUGGGAAUGGUUAUAUCAAUCAGCCUCUUCUCCCACUUAGGGAGAUUGAGAUGAUGAAAGCCAUGGAGAACCUUACAGAAAACGAACAAUGGCAUGUCAAGGUCUAUGACGAUGUCAUAGCCAAUAGAUGGAAGAAAGAAAUAAUGGACUCUUCAAUCGAGAUCACUCCUCUUAUGGCCGACUGGAUCAUUGAGGAGUUGAGGUUCAAAGCCAAAAUUUACGAGCGCUCUAAAGCAAUCGGCUUCUACAACGGUGACGUGACUAAGUCGGACGACAUUAUAGACCCUGCCCUCAGAAAUAGACUGUUGGAAACUAGUAAAGGGCUCGAAGAUCCCCAGCAGCACUUGAAUGCAUACACACCCGACUCGGGGGGAACGGAGCUCGACUUGGUCCAGCCGACUCUGUUUCCUUUGAUCUUCGGACGGAGCCGAGUCCUAAAGGAUAAGGUAAUCGGUAUAGACGACGCACUUGAACAUAUCGGACAGGGCGAGGUCAUUCCGAAACCAGACGACCCCGGGAUCACUCGAGAAGAUAUGGUGUGGAGGAUCUACUCUCGGUCUGACAUUAAUGUGAAACCAUUCAGCACCGAUUUCCAAAUGCUUCCCUCAGAGGUUCAGCUGGGGACAGAUGGGAAAUGGCAUCUGGCCAGCUACGUCAAUAAUCUCCACCCGGUGAAGUUCAAGGAGCUUUACGGAGUCCUUGAUGAAAUAAUAGACAGAGUCGCGGGGCUUUGGGAGAUGACCUUGACACCAGUAAAGGAUAUGCUCCAUUCGAGGGCCCGGGUCGAAUAUCACAAAGUGGAAUACGAGCCUAUCUCCGAGGAAGCGAAAGAAUCCCGUCCGGUCAAGGAGCCCAGUGAGACAGAAGCCGAAUACGAAGCUCGCGUCCAAGAAUGGAAGAUGCGGCAUUACCGGGUCAAACAGCCGGAUGUUGGAGAAUUUCGACCAUGGGCCGUUCCCAAGUUCAUGAUAGAGCACCUUCCGGAAGACCAGCCCAAUCCACUUCGCAUCGAGGAGCCAGUCAGGCUCAAAGAGGAAUAUGGCGAACGCGGACUGCAGGUUUUUGUUAGGGUCAUGAAAAUCGAACUUUCUCCCGAACGUCCUGAAUACUCAAGUGAAUUCCACGUUGAGGGCCAGAUGAACGAACGCAUCUGCGCAUCAGCGCUCUAUUACUAUGAUUCAGAGAAUGUCCAAGGCGGCCGCAUGACAUUCCGCCAGGCCACAGACACAGGAAGUAUCUCCGAAAUCAAAUACGAACCAGGUGAUAGCGUCUGGCUCAAGCAGGUAUUCGGACUCGACAACGGCGCACCUUUAGUGCAAGAAGUCGGAUCAUUGAGCACCAAAGUCGGCCGUGUGAUCUCAUACCCCAGCACCUUGCAGCAUCGCAUCGAACCGCUCCGAUUAAUUGAUCCCUCGAAGCCUGGAUAUCGCAAGAUUCUGGGUCUUUACCUCGUCGACCCGAAUAUUCGCAUCAUCUCGACUGCGAAUGUCCCUCCGCAGCGUCUGGACUGGACUGAUGGGUCGGAUAACCUGCAGCGUGCGCUCAGUAACAUGUCGAUCGAGGAACAGGAUAAGGUUCUUGAUCGACGGGACCGGUUCCCCUUCACAAUUGAGGAGGCUCAUGAGUUCCGCAAGAGGCAGCGUAAGGAACGGAUUGAGUUUUUGAAAUACCAGGAUGUGGCCUUUACUUCCAACCAUGUGGUGGUCUAGUGCUGUAUGUUGGGGGGUCGGGCAACUUUUUGUUUGUUGAAGUUAUUAAUAGGAAAACUAGAUUGGAUUAUAGCAAUCAAUUCUGUUGUCGUUUAACAACUAUAACUGCAGUUAGUCGACGUAGGAAG